CUGGAUAAUGGACCGCGAUAGGGCAGCAGAGGCCUUCAGAAAACCAACGGCUCCCGGACUUGCCCCUCACCUCUUCUUCCCCUCUCAUCCCCGCUUCCUCGCCUCGCCAUGGCCGUCUCCGCCUCCACCUCCUCCACGCUCCCCCUCCUCUUCCUCCACCGCGCCACCACAAGCCCUAACCCCACAGCGCUCUCUUUCACCUCCUCCCUCCGCGCAUCCCCACUGCGCUCCCGGGCCGCGGCCUCGCCCACCGAGGUCCUCGCCGACGACCUACCCUCCGACACGCCACCAGUGGGCGAGGGAGCGGGAAUUCCGAUGCCAUCGUCCAUUGGGGAUGAUGGGGAGCAGUUGCUGUUUGGUACUACUGCCGGAAAAGAAACUUUUGUGAGGCCUUGUGCACAGCUGCACUCCUCCUUCAGUGAUUCCUUCAACGUGUCUCAAGAGAAAAUAGUGAUAACAAACAGUCAUGGAGAGAAACUUUUUGGUGUUUUGCACGAAGCCGGAUCUAAAGACAUCGUGGUGUUAUGCCAUGGAUUUAGGUCGUCAAAGCAAAGUAAAACCAUAGCUGGUCUCACUGAUGCCUUAACAUCAGAGAAGAUUAGUGUAUUUUGUUUUGAUUUUUCUGGCAACGGGGAAAGUGAUGGUACAUUUCAGUAUGGCAACUACUACAAAGAGGUGUCUGAUUUGCAUGCGGUAAUACAAUAUUUCAAGGAACACCAGCGGUAUACCCGUGCAAUUGCUGGCCACAGCAAGGGAGGAGAUGUGGUCAUCAUUUAUGCAUCAAUGUAUCAAGAUGUAUCUAGUAUUAUCAACAUAUCUGGAAGAUUUGAUCUGAAACGUGGAAUUGGAGAACGCCUUGGCAAUGAUUAUAUGGAAAGGAUAAGUAAACAUGGUUUCAUUGACGUGGAACAGAAAACGGGACAUUUCAUGUACCGUGUAACCAAAGAAAGUCUAAUGGAUCGUCUCAAUACAGAUAUGCAGACUGCAUGCAUGUCCAUUGACCCUAAUUGCAGGGUGUUGACAGUUCACGGUUCAGAUGAUGAUGUUGUGCCAUCAGAGGAUGCUCUAGAAUUUGAUAAAUAUAUAUGCAACCACAAAUUGCACGUUAUUGAAGGAGCUGAUCAUCGAUAUGCAUUCCAUCAACUUGAGUUGGCUAACAUUGUAAUCAAAUUUAUUAGAUCUGGGUGAGAGAGGAUGUUUUGAACAAAUGUAACCAUGACAAUGCAUCUUUUAUCCCAAUAUUCUCAUGAAUUUUGAUUGGAGUUUCAUUGGAUUGA